UCGCCUGCAACGGUAUAUCAAACAUCAAGAGUUUCAUUGGUUCGAAGAAUUCCAUACGUACUGUACGGGGCUAUAUCUAAAAGUAGUGGAAAUCGAAUACGUGGUGUACUAUGUGGGAAUUCAUCGUUGGUCUACGAUCUAUAGUUUUGCUCCCGUCCAAUAAUGCUCAAUCUGCCUACUAUUUGCCAGUUAAAUGUUCAGUGCGAUCCUUCUGCUAAUGUCAAGAUCCGCGCCGUGAAAUAGUCGCCAUCUUUGCGACUGAGUCGCAUCUCUGAAUUUGGCCCGUUGCAUGUUCCGCGCAGCUUUAUGUAGCGUUAGAGAAAAAAGAUCAUUGAAAGUUGGUGUCAAAAGGGCAAAGCGGUUUCAGCGAGACCGGAUAUAGUUCGAGCUGUGCCGAGAAGUGUUAACCCGGCGCGAAAGUGGGCGGAACGCAUGGGUCUUACGUCCUUUUGGCCUCGCUACAGUUCAUGAUAAGGAAAAUUUCGGCAUUUAAUAAGUGACACACAUCGAAUCUGUGUUGACUGUUCCACGCAGUAAUAAUAAUAUUAAUUCGUAUAAUUCGUUGGUUGAGCGUUUACCGGCAUAUGCCAUUCUAGUGUGUGUUUGUUCGAACAUAGUUUGGUGUAAGAAAAAAAUGAGUUGUCAACGUAACGCUGGCAAGAUUACAGUGCCGGACGAGUUGCGGGACGUCCUAUUAGAGUUUACGAUCAGCUAUCUCUUGGAGCAACCAGUGGAUAUUAUCGACUAUGCCGUAGGUUUUUUCACGCAACUUCGGGAAAGUCGUCAAACUCAGUUGAUUGAAGCCCCUGCGCAGACCGCCUCUUCUACGCCGGACGAGUCUGUCGAGGAAGAACCACCAAUCGGAAGGUUCCAGAAUAGGAGGAAGAGUGUCUUCGCGGAAGCCUACAACCCUGAAGAUGACGAGGAAGACGAUGGAAUUAAGAUGGUGCAUCCGAAGAGCGACGAGCAGCGGCAGAGGCUCGGUGACAGCGUGAAACAUAUUCUCCUGUUUCGGGCUCUAGACGAGGAACAAAUGGCUGACGUAUUGGACGCGAUGUUUGAGAAGAGCGUACAGCCUGGAGAAUUUAUUAUCCGACAGGGUGACGAUGGUGACAACUUCUACGUCAUCGAGAGAGGAAAGUUCGAAGUGUACGUGAAAGAUCAGCAGUCUGGGGUGGAAUCCAUGAUACAUACGUACGACAAUCGUGGUGCUUUUGGUGAGCUCGCGCUCCUUUACAAUAUGCCGAGGGCGGCCAGUAUCAAGGCCAUCACGCCUGGUACACUAUGGGCCAUGGAUAGACAAACUUUCCGGCGUAUUUUAUUGAAAUCCGCCUACAAAAAGCGCAAGAUGUACGAAGACCUUAUCAACAAGGUCCCGAUGCUUAAACAUCUCGAGCCAUACGAGCGUAUGAACCUGGCGGAUGCUCUAGUACCAAAACAGUAUUCAGAUGGCGAACAGAUCAUCAAACAGGGCGACACAGCUGAUGGAAUGUAUUUUGUCGAGGACGGCGUCGUCAGGAUCACCAUAAUAGGAGAUCACGGCCGCGAAAUCGAGAUUAAUAGAGUUCCCGCUGGUGGGUACUUAGGCGAGUUGGCGCUGGUAACACAUAAACCUCGCGCUGCUUCGGCCUACGCUGUGGGCGACGUAAAGCUGGCCUUUUUGGACGUUGAAGCUUUCGAACGCUUACUUGGGCCUUGCAUGGAACUUAUGAAGCGUAAUAUCGACGAUUACGAAGAUCAACUAGUCAAAAUCUUUGGCAGCAAAGCUAACAUUUCCGAUAUCCGAUGAACUGUUCACGAGCAGUGAUACGUUGCACUGCUGUACUAAAGACCCGACACUUUCGUACAGUAAUGUAAAAUGAGCACAAACUUGUACCACCCACUUUAUGAAUCUCAUCCGCGUAUUUUCAAGUAUCAUCUCGAGUCGACUUUCGUAAUGACUGUUCACUUAGACGUAUACCAGUAAGAAACGUCGUUAGUAGUUACCAAGUUUGUACCUAUGACACACAGUGAAGAGAUAACAAAAAUGCAAAGAAAAACAAAAGAAAAGGAAAGGAAACUAGGCAUUUCGACUGGUUCGUAUCUGCAUCAUACUACCGAAGUAAAUUUUCUAAGACUGCAUCAGAUCAAGAAGUAUUAGCCUAUCUUGUCAUGUGCUCGAAACGUUUACAAGAUAGAAGUCUGGAUACUAAAUAAGAUUUUCAUUGAAUUGUCUGCAAAAAGAAAGAAAGAGAAGCGAAGAAAUACUCGGAGUGAUGCAACGUAUCGACAGACUCACAGAGUUCUUAAAUGAUGUACCUUUAUGCCAUUCUUUAUUCUUGUACUUGACAAUUUAAGAGCUGUAUUUCAUUUUAUUGAAAAUGUCAAGAAUCAAUGAAUUAAAUUAUUUCGUAUAUUUCGAUGAUUCAUCGAAGGAGAUGGAGAUACUUUUAGGGUAUCAUACAUUAUACCUUCGCAACGUAGAGGAAUUCUUAUUGAUACAGCUUAUUGUGGAAAUACUAGCUUAGUUAUCAAAUUAAUAGACAAUGAUAUAGACAUGCGUGAUAAACAUCCUAAUCGUCAGUGUGUUUUUAACACGAUGGUGAUGAUAAAUCAUAGCUGAAACGCUAUGUUAGAAGAAAUAAAAAUGUAAGAAGGCAAAGAGCAUAACAGGCAAGUUAGAACAAUUACUAGUACCUACACGAUUUUUAAAUGCAAACCAACAACUAUCUGAUAUAAGAACACGUGGCAUUUAUGUUCAUCUUUAGAAAGGGAAGGGCUGGGAAUGUAAGAGAAAUAUCAUUUUAAUAUUUAGACAUUUCAUCUAACAAUACCUGAAUAGAAACUAUUUCUCUCUUUCUUCCCUAUAUAUUUAAUAGAACGAUUUUCCUAAUUCUCAUGUUCCUAAUUUUAUGGUUUGCUCUUUGCAUUAAUAAAAAAGUAUUGCAAGAUAAACAUAUAUUCGCAUAGCGCACAAUAAAGCAUCGUUUAUUUAAUUGUUUACAUACAUAUACGCGCACAGCAGAUAGCGUUUAAUCUUUGUUGUUCUAUCUGCAUAUAUUUAUACUUGUUAUUGCUUACGAUCGUUUGUUACAAAUUGAAAUAGAACACUUGCUGUAGCGCACAUAAUCAGUAUAUUGUACGAGAAACGAUACAUUUUUCGAUCAAUAAUAUAGUCAAUUGCAUUGAUACAACAUCCAUGAUUACAUCAUUUCACGAGUUAGUUAUUUUAAAAAAUUCACGUCGCAUUUUGACAUGAGAGAACAUUAAAGGAAUAGCUAUUUCUUAUUGCAGGUUCGAAUGCACAGCCAUUAUUUUUUAGGAGAUUAUUUAAUUACAUUAUUAAGUGUUUAGAUUUGCAAAAAUCAACGUUCAAUUAUUCUUCAGUUUUAAAUAUUUUACAGUGUUACUGUGAAAAAGAUGGCUGAACAGUGUGGUCUCAAAUCAUGUUCAUGUGUGUCUUAUCGGUGAAUCCUGGUAACAAAAAUCGACCAAAAGAAACCUAUAAACCUAUUUUUGUUACACGUGUAUGAUACACGUUAUACAUGUAUGAUAUACGUCUAGCAUCGUGAUAAAAGAAAGAAAAAAAGGAAAAAAAAAGAACAGUUUGAACUAAUUUGAACAAGUUUGAAGUUGUGCGAACAAGUGCGUAUGCUAGUCACUUUUUAACGGCCGUCUACUCGUUGUAUUUUCUCCUCGGCGAAUCGAGAGAAAAGAAAACGGUCAAACGUUUUAUUACUACGAAACAAGAACAACUAUAUAUUCACUGUACGACUGAAACUCAGAAGCGACAAGCUUUUUAAAUAAUAUCACAAUCACGGAGGAGAAAGGAGGAGGAGACUAGUAAUGUGAGAACGAAAGAAAAAUAAUGUAGCAAUAGAAAUUGCUAGCGAAAUGUUGUGUUAUUAAUUUUUAUUUUUGAAUUUUUCUAUUCACUUCAAAUUUGCUCUUUUUUUAUCGAAUCUCUAAGUUUUUACAAAAUGAACGACGAAAUAGAAGAAGAAGAAGAAGCACUGUUCUGGUCUGAAUUCCCGUUAUCCGUGCCAUUGUAUUCAGUUGCUUUCGAGAAUUCAGCAGCGAAGCUUUAGUCGUGGUUCUUAGUCUUCCACCGUGUCUCCAGGCUGUGAUAUUAUUUUCGACGGAGUAUUUCAGACAGAUGCCUCUUAUUACUACUGCUUCCAACAUGAAAAGAAAAAGGAAAAAAAAUUACAAAAAAAAUUAAAAGAAGUAAAGAAAGAAUAGGAAUCUAGAAUCUAUCAGAAUCAAGGAAUUUCCGAACUAUAUCGAAUCGAACUUUAUUGACUGUUGGUUGCAUCGUUAAAAUGAGUGAAUCAAAAGUUCCAAUCGAUGCGAGUCAUGACUCGAUCGUUUACGUCGAAACAAAGGAAAAUCGGGCAAUUAAAAACGAGAAAAGAAGAGAUAUAUACAUACAUACACGACACAUAGGUAUAUAAAUAUAAAUAUAAAUAGAUAAAUAGGUGUAUGUAUAUUUAUAUAUAUUUAUAUUUAUAUAUAUAUAUUUAAUAUAGUGGAAGACUAUUCUCGCACACCGAAUUGAAAAGUAUAUUUAGACGGAGUACUUAUCUGUGCGGAGCCAACAUUCGGAUAAAUUAAAUGUAAACGCUUAAGUAGAGUCGACCCAAUUUAAAUUUACUGUAUGUAUCUAACAAGUGUGGUCUCUCUCUCUCUCCUACGUGUUGCGUGUUGCCCUUUCGUGUGUGUGACGACCGAUCCAGUCAAUUUUUAUUCCUUGAUUAGCAUGAACUGUUAUCGUCGGUUUCUUUCGUCUGUGCGGUUGUAUGUUUCGUGUCAUCGUUACUGGAAGUAAUUGCGUCGUAUAAAAAGAGAAAAAAAAAAA